AAUAAUUAGAAAUAAUUAGUCCCUAGAAAUAUUUUUCUAGGGACUCUAGUUUCUACUUUUAGAUUCAGCAAAUAGGGUCAAAAAGUAGGCACAAAAGAGAAGAUGGUACAAAUAUUUAGAUUAUUGUUGUUAUAUACAUCGUCAAUUUCACUUAUAUUUUACUAAAAAAAUGAACUAUAACAUGAUUUUGACAAUGAUGACUUUCUCGAGGUCUUUAUAUACUAAACCCAAGUUUAACGUGAAAUCAUAUUAAAAAAGUGUACCCUUGUGCGAAUACAGUAAUUAAGUAACGCAAUAUAAAGAAAGCUUAUGUAACAAUAACACAUAAAUGGUACAAUGUCUACUCACUCACAGGAUAUAGUAAAUGUAAAUAUGCAGGAGAUAAUGCAACUGGUGGAGCUUCUUCGCCAGAAUGGUGACAUGAUCCUGAAUGCCGCAAGCAAGCUUUCCCUAUCAACAAACUUGCUACACAGCCUCAAUGAAGCAUUCUCCCUGAUUGUAUUGGAAUCUGAGGAUUUGGAGUCUUCAUUUCACGUUUGCAAUAGUUCCAAGAUAGAUAUAUUUCGUGAUAUCAAAUUCUUACACGACUUUGUGCAGAAAACUAUCAGUUUGAAGGUGACUCAUUGUUCCCCUGAUGUCAGAAUUAUCAUCGACAUCUCCAAAUUUAGGCAUCUGAGGUAUUUGGAGUUAAGGAAGGUGUCUAUCGAAUUAUUAAAGGGCUUACAAAGUGUCAGGGGACAAUUGGAAAGCAUUGUGUGUGCUGGCAAGAAAGGAGUAUCUACAAUAUAUCAAUUAUUAGCGGCAUGUGGAGGUGAUGCUGGUAUUGGGUUUGUGUGGGCAUCCUUGAGACAUUUAGUAUUGCCUCACAAUGCUCUUGAAUGCUUGGAUGAAUCAUUAGAAUUGGCUCCCUGGCUUCAGAUAUUGGACUUGAAUCAUAAUAUGAUAACUAAUGCAAAGGAGAUAUCCUGCUUAUCAAACUUAAAGUAUGUUAAUCUUGGCUACAACAAACUGGAAGAAGUACCUCUAUUCAAUAAGGCAGCAUUACAUUCAUUACAAAUAUUGGUAUUGAAAAAUAACUACAUUGAUAGCCUUAAUGGUCUUCAAGGUUUGGAAUGUUUGACAGAAUUAGACUUAUCAUAUAAUUGUUUAAUGGACCACACAGUUCUAUGGCCAUUACAAAAAAUGUCUACAUUGUUGUGGCUCUCUUUGGAAGGAAAUCCUUUAUUUUAUCAUCCAAAGCAUCGAAUACUAUCUAUAAAACAUUUGCAUCCGAGUUUGUCGGAUAGGAAGUUUGUUUUAGAUCGUCUAUCCCUUUCGAAGUCAGAAAACUCGCUCGUGGCGGAAAAUCGGGUCUUCACGAUACACGCGAAUCAAUCCAUAUCUUUGACCAGCUCGGUAUCUGUGUGCGCUGAUACAUAUGAAUCGAAUGAGAACAGAUCGAAUCCUCCAGUGACGUCAUCUGAAAAUUUAGAAAAGAGCGUAACAAAAAGUAAGAGGAAACCGAAUGUGAAAGAGGCCAUUAUUGAUGAAAUUGAUCAGGAAAAGGGGGAAUUUAAGAGACUGCCCGAUGUGGUUGCUUCGUCUCAUUUGGAGUCAUCAAAAGAUCAUUUGGAGACAAGAAAACGCAUCUUAGACCUGCGAGAAAAGUUUGGCGAGAAUAAUUGGCUGAGCAGUCAUGCAGGAACCUCCGUUCAAGAUAUUAUGGGUCUUCGUUUUGAACAACUUCCAACAUCACAAAUAUUUGAUGACAAGACUUUGGCUGACAUUGAUGUAGCAUCAUCUGUCCAUGACAAUCCGAUUUGUACAAUAUAUAAAGAUGAAAAAUUGUCCAAUGAGUCUGAAUCGCAAGAAAUCGCAAAAUAUACGGAAGAUGACAAAAACAACAUUCCUAGAAAUGAAGAAAUCUCUGAUAAAUUAUAUACUUUAGAAACACAUGUGGAUCAUUCUUCUACAGUCACAUAUGAUCCUAGUGAAGAAACUGGAGAUUUAUAUACCGUUCAGAAGAGAAAACAUGAUAAUGAGUUAGAUACUAUAUUUCUAAUGCUAACCCCCGAAAAUAUUAAAGAAAUAGAUACAAUGACUGGAAAAGUAAAGUUUUAUUGGUCGACCAGUUCAGUCCUGUCAUGCGUCUUAGGCAAGAGUGAUCCACUUACAGUGACAGUCGAUAUUAUUUUUGAUACUACCAGAAAAGAUAAGGAAAACAGGCGAUAUUUUGCGGAAUUGGAAGAUGCGAAGAAAAUCGUAGCAAUCAUCAACGAGCAAAUUGAAAUGCGGCCGAUACUGCUGCAAGUUUUCAAAUGUAUGAAAUGCUCGACACAAUUCUCGCAGGAUAUGGAAUAUGUGACAGCUGUCAAGUUGAUGGCGGGUACAAAGCAACUCAAAUGUCCCACUUGUGACAGCAGUUUGGUCAUCGAAAUAGAGAAUCUGUCUGGCAUGAAUACUCAGAUGACGAAGAAUCAGCUGACGGAGAAUUCCGCAAGAAUCAACUUGCAACAUUCUGAAUCAGUCUCCAGUAUCGGUGGAAUGGAGGGUGGAGCUAAAUCCGUCACCACUUCUCUGGUGCACUCCGACUCUCAUAUCCAAGCUCAAAUCUGUUGUUCAGCGACGAGUUUGGAAGAAUCAAACGAGUCCACACCGUCUACAAAUGCUUUGACAAAGAAAUAUGAAAGCGACAUAGAAAUAAUCAGCAAUCCAAGUCAGAGUAGCAUCGAGGUUUUAGAUGAAACGCUAAAGACAAAUGUUACACCAAGUCGGAAACGUUCUAUGGAGGAAAGACGUAUUGCGAUCGCUCCUUCCUUAAUAACAAUUCCAGAUGCAACACCAGUGAUGGCAGGCUUGACGGAAAGUAGUUCUUCAGGUUCGCUGACAGACAGCAUAUGCACAGCAUAUGAAAAUAAACUAGCCAAAUUAUCGAGUGAUACGAAAUCCCAUAGCAGUGAGAAAGAAAUAACGCCUUCUUCUGCGACGAACUUGACAUCAAUGCUGGGAGGUAAAGUCGGUUUACUUCAGAGCAUCAAAAUUGGCAGCAACAAAAUACUGAGAGGCGAAGAAGCUUCGAGCUUCUUCGGUAGCAAUGUUCAAUAUUCGUAUACUGACUUUAGUAGUAUAGAUCACAGAAUUAAGCUGCAUAUAAUUUUAAAUAUAUUCGAACACGAGAACGAAGAGUUAGUGUUUCUUCUCAAGGCAGAGAUUUUAAUGCAAUCUAUGCAAGAAACAUUUUCUGGAUGCUUAGUAUUAUCUACAUCUAAAGUUUAUAUUCUUAGAAUUGAUGGGCCAGAAGGGGAGGAUCCACAACGUUGGCUUCACAAGGAAAUCAGUUGGACGACGGACAGAUUAAGAUCCUUCGUAUCGCUGCCAUUUAAGCAGGGUAUCUUGAUCGAAUUACAACAACCUAGCAAAACCAGUAAAGAACUUUCCGCUAUUACAGUGCUUUGCAUUCUGCAAGAUUUCCAGAGAACAUCGAACUUCUUAUUUUAUAUCACAGAUCUGCAAUUACCUCCCAGUUGCGAAGUAGAAUUUUCCGUUCCGGACUAUUUCAGCGUUUCGAUGCACGAUUUAUUAAAAAAUACUAGCAAUUAUCAGACUGAAGAGGUCGUACGAUUGCUGGCGCUGUUUUCCUCCGCCGUUCUAAAACGUCAAAAUGUUACCACCAAGCUUAAACUGUCUGGAUUGAUAUUGACAAAUACAAUAUUGAUGAUGCUGGAGGACAAUGUUCAGUGGCUUAUACCAGGGAGCGAUCAAGCGCCUGUGAUUGCUAGGGAGCAAACUAUGAGCAAUUUGAUUGCAAUAGAACAUUGUGACACUACACUGACUUUAAACUUUUUGGACGAGAUUGUGGGACUCGAGGAGAGUUGGAGCUUGGAAUUCGUUUCUCUUAGUGCUGUCGAAGCUGUGAUCAGUUCUAUACAGCCUUCAUGGGAAGAAUUGUUCUCGAUACCUCUGCAAAUAAUUACUACAAGUAACUCUGGCGGUGUACAAAGUGACGCAGAGGAAGCUUAAAUAAUAUAUAAAAAUCAAAUCUUAUUUGAUUUUUUUUCAUUCAGUUGAGAUUUCAAAGCUUUUUGUCUCAUACAUAAUCAAACCUUAUUCUUACAUAUCAAAAAUAAUCUUUUCUUAUCAUUUUAUCAUUUAAUCAUAUAAUAAUAAUAAUGACAUGCAUGCAAAAUGAAAAUU